CAUGCGCAGUGCCCCACACCCGCCCUAUUACAUUUGGCUAGUCAGUGCUAUUUAGUAAUGUCGGAUAAGGUAGCUGUACCUUUCCCGUUUUGAGAUUUAACAAAAUGUCUGUGUCUGAGGACAGCGUAUCGUGUCCGACUGAAAACAGUGUCACUGUUCAUUUAGACUCGGCCUCUGUCUCAGACGCCGAAACAGUGCUAAAAAAUACUAAUGUCCAUAGUUGUCAUGUUGAAGAAGAAACCCAGAAUGACGAUGAGCUUCUUAAGGGCCUGCUAACUGACACUUUCUGUCAGGUGUGUGAGGCGGUGUUGAUGUUUGAGUCUCAGAGGGUCUCUCACUAUGAGGGUAAGAAGCAUGCUCAGCGAGUUCGAAUCUACCUGCAGACCAAGAAAGCUGAAAGGAACAAGCAGAGCCACGAGAGCGGCAGCUUUCAGAGUGUUAGUGCGGAUCCGGAGAAGUUCUGCGAGCUGUGCAACAUGGUGUUUAGCUCACCUGUGGUCGCCAAGUCUCACUACGAGGGAAAAGUCCAUGCCAAGAACACAAGGAAGUCCAGCACCACAUCCUCUGUAGUGUUGGCAGAUGCCAGGACCACGGUGAGUUCAGCGGCUCCUCCUGUAACUGCCGUGGAGGACACAGUGGAGACGAGCGCACAGGACGACGGGGUUCAGGAAGAGAAGGAAAGCACAGCUUCUGCUUCCCAGGGGGUCGACCUGAGUGACCCAGAGAAGUACUGCAAGUUGUGCGCAGCUUCGUUUAACAACCCCAUGAUGGCCUCUGAACACUACAGUGGUCGCAAGCACCAGCGCAACCUGGCUCGCCAGGAGCUGCACAGUAAGCUGGGAGAGCAGUCUGAGCACGCAAAUUCCCUCACAUGUCCACUUUGCCAUGUGACUCUCAGCUCCAUAGACACAUACCAGGCUCACAUGAAAGGCAAUAAACACUAUAUAAAAGAAAAGAAGAUUCAAGAGGAUUUAUGCAAAAAGAAAGUGUACGACUCGUUCCAGGAUGAGCUGGCCGACUACAUCCAGGUGCAGAGGUCUCGGGGACUGGAGCCCAAAACGGGGCAGGGAUCUGAAACUCAGGGACAGAGGAAAGCAGAGACUGAAGUAGACGAGAGCGGAGAGUGUUGCGACCAGCCCCAGAUUCUCCCUCUCCAAUCCCGUCUUCCUGCUCCUGCAUUCCGAGCGCAUCCCUGGCGCCCGCCAUUUCAUCCUCACCCCAAUCCUGCCGCUUUCAGAGGGAGAUUCCCGGUCCCGAACCAAUGGGAUCAGGGUAACUCAUCCUACCCUCCUCCACUCAUCCCUGGGCUAACAGGAAGAGCAUUGCGUAGAGGGAGGAGCCCAGAAUCGUUUAGCUCCUCGUCUUCGUUCUCAGACUCCUCAUCUUCGUAUAGUAGCAGCAGCAGCAGCAGUGAGGACAGCAGAGAAAGAAGGAGGUGGAGGAAAAAGAGACGAGACGGUAUGAAGAAAAGAAGAGAAGAAGAGGAUGAUUCAGAAGAGGAUGUGCAGAGAAAGAGGAGGGAGAGACGAAGGAGGGAAGAUGGCAGCGCGAAGAAACCAAAAAGACAGAGAGAAAGCUCCGACGAAGAUCAUGGAAAGAGGUGGAAGGAGAAAAAGCACAAAGAAAGAGUCACUAAGAAGAGAAGGAGAGAAGAGGACGAAGGAGAGUGGAACAGAGUGUCUCACGUAGAGAUGACGAAAGGAGAGGGAGAAGGAGAAGCACAGAGUGAAGGACUUAAAGAGGAGAAAGCAAAGCACAAAAAAGAGAAGAAGAAACCGAAGGACAGAGAGGACAACAGGACAGAAGAGGAAAAGCUGUGGGAUGAAACCAUUUUGGGGAUAUUCUGAUAGACGAUGAUUGUGGAAAACUCAUGGAACCACAACUAAUCGUCCCUGGACAUAAGGAAGGUAAGAGAGAAGUCAGCACUCACUCAGACAGAGUUGCAGGACGACUUGAAAGCAGCAGGAACAGCAGUUAGACAGAAACCAAGAAGUAAUGAAGUGCACUGCAAUCACCUCUGUUCUUAAACAUCAUGUAAAAAUCCUCAGCUAAAAAAAGAAGCACAGACAUGUGCAUCUAAAAGCAGAAGAAUCAGAGCCCUUGGAGCAAUACACUGAUCAGACGACACAAAAACAGAACUCUGGCAAUAAUGGAAGAUGAUUUGGCAGGAGGAAUGAGCCAGAAUUAACCACAAUGCUGCAAAAAGCACAUUACUUUUUACAGUAGAUGUCUCGAAACUGUAACUGUAACAAUGUCUUUGUGGUGUCCGAAUACUUUUUCCCUAUCAGGUUUGUUUUUUAAACAUCUUUGAAUAUGCUUACAAAUACAUACUUUUUUUGUUCAUAAUUAUAAGUUCCAAUUCAAAAGAUGUUACGUGUCUAAAGUGGAUAUAUGCGAUAGAAGUAUAUAAAAUAAUAAAAACAGAAAUGACUGAAUACUUAUUUCCCCUUUCUGUAGAUUCUGGAAAAGGUUGAGAAGUGGACGAAUCAGUAGCCUGGCACAAAAAAGGUUUCCUGCUCUUUUUUAAUUCAUCUUGUAUGUAAAUAUGCUCAGUGGGUUAACAAUCAUCAGCAUUUUUCUUCUGUCAUUCAGUAAUGAGAGAAAGAAACAUCUCUACAUGCUACUGACUUGCAGAAGUUUUUAUUUGUACCAUAUAUUUAAACAAACUGUGGUUGUUGUGACACAGGAGCCCCUUCCAUUAGUAUUAAAGGCCAUUUUGUGUAAAAUCAUGAUCCAAAUCCAUUUCAGUUUUGUUGUGACGCUACAAAAUGUGGAAAACUUCAUGGGGGUGAAUACUUACGCACAGAAUGUCUGAAGCUCAAGACGUGCAGUGACGAACUCUGACUCAGGGAGGUGCUGUUCGACUGCAGGAGUGUGUCCUGUUUGUCUCAGUGAGGAAAAACUAAUGUUCUCUGGUGAUGUGUGUAUAUGCAACAGAGCAAGUAUUUUAUGAUUUGAUGUACAUGAGACCUUUUCCAGUUUUCCCAAAUUUGUCCUCUGAGUUGCCUGAUUAGGAAUUAUUACAUGCUCGUUAUUAUGGAAAAGGUAUUUAUUAAUGUCUGAACUCUGCCAUUAUGAUGGUGUUUGAGCUUGAAUAUAUUUUUGUCUUGUAUGACAGGUGCACGUAGUGCAAAUGAGGACACUUAGCUUUCACAGCUCACACCUGGCUCUCAGGUUAGACGUCAUUUGCCCCGAAUGAAAGGAUGAAGUAGUGAAAUAUAGUACACAGCCAGAAAACGCUAUAUAAAUACAGUGGAUAUUUUUUUAAAAAUCUGAAAUUGCAGGUUUUUAUGAUGUAAAGUCAAAAAUCAAGACAAAUCCUAUCAGACAUUUUUCAUAUUUAAUGUGAUCUUGAAACUAAUAGAUAAUUAUCAGGAAAAAAUUGGGGCACUUAUCGGCCCACUUUACUCUCAGAACAGCCUCAAUUCUUCAUGGUAUGAAUGCCACAAGGUGUUGGACAUAUUCCUUUGCGAUUCUGGUCCACAUUGGUAUGAUUGCAUCACAUAACUGGUGCAGAUUUGUCAGCUGCACACUCAUGCUGUGAAUCACGUGUGCUACCACGUCCCAGAAGAUUCAGAUCUGAACCCGGGGAGACCGCUGAACUCAUGUUCAUGUUCAUGGAGUCAGUUGUGCAUUCUGAGAUACUUUUCUGCUCACCACGGUUGUAAAGAGUGGAUGUUUGAGUUACCAUAGCCUUCCUGUCAGCUCAGACCAGGCUGGCCAUUCUCUUAUGACCUCUCUCAUCAACAAGGCAUUUCCACUGCAGAACUGCCGCUCGCUGGAUGAUUUUUUGUUUCUCGCACCAUUCUGUGUAAACUCUAGAGACUGGUGCGAGAUCAUGCCACGGACAGUCACUCAGAUCACAUUUUUUCCCCAUUCUGAUGUUUGAUGUAAACAUUAACUGAAGCCUUUGAUUUGUAUCUGCAUGAUUUUAUAGACUGCACAGCUGUCAGUAUGAUUGGCUGAUUGGAUAAUUGCAUGAAUAUGCAGUUAUAAAGUGUAUUGUAGAUUUAAACUUAUGUAGCUGUUGAGCAUAUAUAUGGAAAUAAUUUGAUUCCAUAAGCUGACAGACUAGAGUACUAUGUUUGAAGAUGUAAAGCAUCAUAAAAAUGAAUAUUCUUAAAUUUAUUUUCGCAGUAUACCAUCUUUAAUGUGGCAACAUGCGUGUGUUUUUUCUGAUUUUCUUUUGAAUUUUAUUGGUUUUAAUGUGACAUUAAAAACAUGGUUUAUCUUGGUUUUCUAUCACAAAAGCCUGCAAUUUCAAUGACUUCCUAGCCACUGUGCUUCUUGAUACAAAUUAAAUGAAUGAUAUUCAUGUUUUAGGAUGCUUAAGGACAGGAAAUGUGGGAGAUAUUUAAAAUACUGAUAUUAUAGUUCAUAAUACUGCUUCUCUAAACAUUCUCUCAAGUUUCUGGAGUUGUGUUUUCCAGAUGUUUGAGCUCUUUCAUUUGAAAACCUUGAAGCCAAAAGCGCACAACCAUCACCGGUAUGUUCAGCGAGUCUCUGAAGCCCCCUGAGAUCUCCUGUUUUCAAAGAAUCAUGUGGUUACGUUCCCAGUGUCUCAGUCGAACCUUCGACCCUCUAAACGCGCGUGCUUUGCCCACAUCCUCCCCCCUGUACGACCCUCCCGUAAGCUCACAAGCCUCUGAAGACCUCCGACUGAGGCUGGGGGGCGAUGAGACUUAAAGCCUGCAGCCCGAGCUCCCACAUGAAGCCUCUUCUACCUCAGAAUGUGGCAGCUGAACCUUUUCAGCAUUUAACCUUUUCUUCAUUUCAGUGUUAAGAAUGCAUUUAUGUCAGUUUAUGUUAAAUAAAAGUACUCCAUUUUUCACAGGUUUUAAAAAAUGCAACUCUAAUCUUUUAAUGUAAGCUAGCUAAAUGUAUAUAUGUAAUUUAGCUAAUGUAACUAGCUAAAUGUAUACAUGUAAUUACACUUCACAGCCUUAAAGUUUGACUAAUAUAAUGCAUAAUUUAGAGCUGGACACUAUAUCUAAAUACUAUGCAUCAUGAUAUAUAGAGGUUUGCUAACAAACUGCCAGCAAAACAGUACUGUAAAAAAAAAAAAAAAAAAAAGACAGAAAGAAAAAUAGGUUAUACUUUUAUGUAAUGUCUAAAAAAAUGCCAAAACGUAAAGGAAAAAAAAAGAACUUCUAAAAUUGACAAUUCUGAGGAAUCAAUACUAAAUUUUAGCCUCGUCCAAUAGAAAAAUUUUAAUAAUUUUAAUUUUAAUACCUGCACGAUAUCUCAGAAAAAUGUAUUCUGACAUAAUUUAUGAUGAUAUCAAUAUUAUAUCGUCAUGUUGCCCAGGCCUAGCCCUAGAGAUGGAAAUAUUUCUCGUUGUUUAAAUGUGCUGUAUAACCCAUAACCCAACCCCCCCCAAUGUACUGUUACAUCCCAGAAGUAAAAUGGAUUUGACUGGGAUUUGAAGCGUUUGAUUUACCCAGUAUGUCUAACAUAAAUUUGUGACACAAAAGCAGACAUUUGUUGGUUGCAUAAUUAUUCACUCCUUGGGUCAAUAUUUGGCAUCUUCAGCUGCAAGUCUUCUUGAGUAUGUUUCAGUCAGCUUUAUGCUUUCAGAUCCUCAUAUUUCUGCCCGUUCUUCUUAACAAAACUGCUCAUGCUCUAUCAGGAUGCAUGGAGACAGCAAGUUUCAGGUCUUGCCCCAGAUUCUCUGUUGAUGACAUGCAGUAUAAUUCUAAUAUAGUCCAUUUCACUUCCAGGUUAUAACACUACAACAUGUGGGGGAAAAAGUUGGGGGUUUGGCAGCUUCGGGGGUGGGGAUACUUCUGCAAGGUGCUGCAGUUGUUUUUGGUGUCAAAAUUUAGCUUCUUUAGAGUUGCACUGGAACUACAAGGCUAAUGUGACUAAUGAGUAAUGGAAGCUUAUGGCCACCAAUUAGCAUCAAACUGAUUAAUUAUCAGAUUCCAUGUAAUUGUCAUCAAAAGUGGUUCAUUUACAAUUACUUCAUGCCUAUAAUCAACUGGCUGCUUCACUAUAUUUAAUCAUUCUUUGAGUUUUGACCUAUUUUGUUGUCUAACAGUAGAAUUAAGUGGUAACUUAUCCACUACUGUUACUGAAUAAAACUUAAACAAGAAUAUGGCCAGCUUUUACUGUAGUUUGCAAUAAACUCGUAGUGAAUUUCAUAACAGUAGGCUUUAUUUCAGCUAUUAUUGGUGUUCUGAUAGCUUUGCAUUUUUUGCAAGUUUUCAGUGUUGAAUGUAAUUCAGUGUCACAUGAUUAAAUUACUUAACUACUUAAAUAUGUGGUGGUCUGGGAAAGCCCACACAGAUUUUUCUAUAAAACAUACUUCGACAUCUCUAACCUUGCCUUGGCAGUCUUCCUACCACGAUCGUGUUGCGUAAGGAGUCAGUUAACAAACACACUGGUAAAAGCAGUCAGUCUGCAUAAAGAUGGCUAAAACCUUGCUAGCUAAGUGUGAUUUCCUGAUGCAAUGAAUGUCACGUUUUAAUCAAGUUGUUGAAUAGCUACAAGUUAAUAAGUAAAAGCUACAUUUCAGAUCAGGAAAGCCUGAAGUUUUUAGAACUAAAUGUCAACAUUUCAUCAGGUAAAGGGUUUCCUCAGGCCACCACAGAUACAGAUAUAUACAGAUGUGUUCUUUACAAAGUUAUAUGGGAGACACCUAAUAACACACUUUCCUCCAAUCACGUUAUUAAGAAAUUUCAGAUAGACUUGUCUAUGUGAAAUAAACAUUGAAUUGUACAGCUACCAGAUUUCAACCUAGACUUGUCUGAAUGUUAGCGCGCUAUACGUCAAAGUUUAUACUGACUUACGUGUAUUUAUGUACAAGUAGUAUUAUUUAGAGGUAAUGUGAUAAAAGUGAUUUUGCAUCUGUGUAUUUACACGUCAAACAUAUCCUGACUAAUUCGAUAAGUGAAGACUGAAAACAACACGUGGCAGUGGAUCCACAGAAGAAUAACGUCUGUGAGGCACAAAUGAUUUUGUCUUUUGAAUAUUACUUUUCUUGUAAGAGUCGGUAUUGUGAGUGAGAUCUGGGAUAGUUGUAGCGCGGGACAGUAUGACAGUAUAAUGUCGGUAUUCUGAUAACUGAAGGGAUUGUUGCUGGUAUCAUUUAUUUUUUUUAAACACUGUUUCAACUCCAUUGAAACUCAGUUACAGAUUAUAUUAGGAUAUAAUUCUAUACUAAACAGUAUGUACUUUUCCUUUUACUGGAUUGAAUCCAUACUUUAGUACUUAUUUUUAUCUUUAAAAUUAUCACCUUCUGAGAUAAGAGUGUAGAAUAGUAUUGAUAUUUUUUGGAACUUUGUUAGCAGUUGUACCUAUCGUGACACGUCGUUAAUUGUGGAAAGUUGAUAUCGUGACAGAUUUUUGUCAGAUCUUUUUAUCUCACAUUAUAACAGUUGAAGAUAUUCAUACAGUUACAGUUCCUACAUACAGUUCCCGUACUAACUCGAAAGACAGACGACGCCCUGAAACGUGAAAUGUGAGCACAAAAGAUGGUGUCACAUGCACGUGCAUUGAUAUAAAACCUCUACUACCUCUACGAUGACAUAAAAUGUGUUUUCAAACUCUAGUUCGAGUUUACAAAGCCAUGUUUUGUAUGUUUUGUGGUGCGCUGCAGAUGUUGGGCUAGGUCACACACCUGGGCACGAGUUAGCAUUGAGAGAACGGUGAAAUUUACUCUGAAAUUCAUGCUGGUGUGAAAGGAAUUAGUGGAAGCUUUAGGAAGAAAUCUCAUAUCAUUUAGUGAAAUAUCAUAUUCCUUAUGUUAUAUUUUGUUUUUCAAGUAUAUUUACAGUUAUAGCAUUUGGCAGACGCCUUCAUCCAGAGCUACCUUUUAAUGUGUGUCAUUUUAUAUUUAUUUAAAAACAUAAAACUGUAUCCUGAUGUAUUUUUCCUCAUCUCAUUUUUAUAUUCCAACCUCGAUCCAUAAUGUUUCAUAAGUCAGUACACUGCUUGUCCAUUAUUUGCCCUGGAGAUUAAAUCAAGUAUUUUAAUUUGUGUUAUCAAGGGCAAAUAAAGUUUAAUAUUCGGUAUAAAAUGAAAAAAGAUUCAAAAUAAUAAAAUAUUCCAUGUUAAAAUGUCAUACGAUGCAAAGUAUUGUUAUAUUUUUGUAAUAUCUACUAUAUAUAUUAUAGUAUAUUUUAUAUAUUAAAUAUUACAAUUAUUUGCUUAUACACUUAUAAAGCACCGAAAUCCAAAAUGUACUCAUUAAGUUAUUCAUUGUUAAGUAUACUGUAGCAAAUAACAAUUAUUAAAGACAGCAUCUAUGGUUGUGUGUGUGUGUGUGUGUGUGUGUGUGUGCUAUGACUUGC